AUGUUACUCACCCUCAAAUAUUUGAAUAAAGUUAAACAAAUAAAUUUGGAUAAACGAGUAAAUGUGCAAUCUUUACAGAUACUUUUGGUUUAAUUAUUUAGUAUCAAAAACAGAAUAAUAGGAUUAAUUGAUUAAGACGGUAACAAUAAUUUUUAAUUUUCAAGGUAACUUCUAUGAUUUAUCAUAAUUUAUUUAAUAAUUGUAUUACUCAAGAUGCAAUGUAUACACUAUCGUAAGUGAAGAAAAUUCAAAUUAAAAUGAUAACAAAUUAUUAUAAACAUCUCUAAAAUAUAGUUAGAUGUCAGAUUACAACAAUAAGCUUUCAUUUAUUGAUUUCAUAUAUGAUUUGGAAGAAUUCCAGUAGAUUUUAGGUGGAGAUCAAUACACCUGUAUUUACUUGAUUGAUGAAAAGGAUUAUCAAGGGCUAGAUUUUCUAUGUGCUCUCGAACCCUUGAUCAACAACUUCAACAAUUGGGUUAACUUUUUCUAUUCCUUUAGUAAUAGAUUACAAGAUCAGGCAAGAGAAAAUGAUUUCUAUAAUAAAUUGCUUUGGAUCUAUAAAGGAUCUAAAAAGAUUGUUUCCAUUUAGUUGAAUAAUGAUAAAAAAAUGAAAUAAAUGGAUGAAAUUAUUCAUAAACUUGUUUAAGCCAAGUUAUAAGGUACUAGCACAAGAACCUCAAAUAUUAAAUAGUAAUCUUAAAUCUCAUCUCAAUAAUCUCCUGAUAAAAGAAGAAGCAAAUCUAUUCGAAAAUUAGUAGAAGAAUCAUAAAUGUCUAAUAAUUCCUUAUAUAUGAAUUAAAAUGUUGGGGCUUCAAAAUUAAUUACUAGAGUCUAAGCUAAACUCAUUCAAAGAGCUCCCUCAAGAGGUAGUGAGAAUUUUGAAGAUUAUAGAUAUUAAUAAUAAAAUUAAUCAUAAUAAUAAUAAAGUAAUGGUUAUCAAAAUGAAUCAAUUAUCAGUUAAUAAGAUAUGUUAUUUGGUUUAGUAGGUGAUCUAGAAGAAAAGGAAAUAUUAGAUGUUACAAUGGCAAGAUUAGUAAAGCGUUUAUUAAUAGAAGAAAACAAAGAAAUUAUACAAGUCUUGCAAUUUUAUUUGUAGAAUAGUAUAAACAUAUAAUAAUUAUGUGAGAAAUUAAAUAAAAUUGUUGAGAAUUGUACAUAUUAAGAAAGACCAACAUCUCCAUUCUAAACUCUCAAAUAAAGCAAACGUCAAACUAAACCAUAAUAGCAAAUUAACAUUAAUUCUUAAGAAUCUAAUCGUUCAUUAUAAUAAGAUUUUACACAAAAUAAUUUAGUAUAAAGAUUAGAAGAUAUCAAAAAUAAAGUUAUUGAAAUAAAUAAUUACAGUUACACUUCUGAAUAAUUUGGAAUGAUCAAUGUAUUAUGGAAUCAAUAGGAUCAAGUCUUAUUAUAAUUAUGUACAGAUAUUUACAAUAAAAUGCAACGAGGAGGAGAAUAACCUUCUCUAAAACCAUUGUAGAUUUACUCAGAUUCGAAGUUUAAUGAAUUAUUAUAGUAAAACUUCAAAUUAUCUGAAAUUACUAUGAUUCAUGAAUAUAGAAAUAGUCAUUCUGGAUCUAUACAUGCUGUAUUACAACACUUUAGAUACUAAAAUAAUAUAGAAUUAUUUAUAAAUGAUUUAAGAAAAGCAAUCAAUACAGUAUAAACUUAAAAUCAAAAUCUUAAUUAACCAGAAAAAUAAUAAACAUAAGUAUCAAAAGAGAUAGUAUUAUUUAAACAAUUUCCUAAAGCCCCUUCACCUUAUAGUGUAUUAAUGCCAAAUUUUUAAUUACCAGAUAAUGCAUAGACUUAAACACCAUAAUCAAACGAAUAAUAAUAACAACAACAAUAAUAACCAUAGCAAUAAUAGUAAUAAUAACAAUAAUAAUAAUAAUAACAAUAAUAAUAACAAUAAUAAUAAUAAUAACAAUAAUAAUAACAUUAAGAAUAAUAAUAAAAAUCGUAAUUGUAAUAAUAGUUAUUAAAAAAAUAAUAAAAACACACAAAUGAAAACUAAGUUAUACAUUUACAUUAAACAUAACCUUUACAAUAAUCAAAUGAACAAAAUUUUGAAAACUCAUAGCCAAUCUAAAAACCAGCCUAAGAAAUACAAUAACCAAUCUUUUAAAAAAAUGAUAUAAUGAGUAGAUCUGAGUAAAUCUCUGCAUAAAAGAGAAUUAUUCCAUCAGAAGUAGCUGCUGGAGAUAUUAUUUUUAAUGAAGAAUACUUUAUGUAAACAAAAAAAGAAAAAAGAUAAGCUAAUUUAGAAAAGAUUGAUUAGUUUUAUUCAAUUCGGGAAGAAAAAGAAUUAUAAUAAAUAUUUAAAGAUAUGCUUUGGGAUAUGGAUUUGGAUGAACCAAAAGUUAGAUAAGUUGAAUUAUUGUUUUCAGAACAUAAUUAACAACUAUAUGAAAUUUUAUAAGGAUGGUAAUAAUCUAGAAAUAUUAAUGGUACCAGAAGUAAACUUAUGUAUUUUAAUAUAAUAUUAAUAGAAAAUUAUUAUCUGAACAAUAAAUUAAAAAGGAAGACUAUAGAAAAAUAAAGAUGUAUAACUUAUUUAUGAAUUAAGUGAGAUAAUUUACAUUAUAAAAUCAUCUUUAAGAUAAUGAAAAAAACUUUUUAUUAAAAAUGUUUAUGGAUAAUGAUUUAUAGGUUUUAGGAACUUUUGAAACUUAUUUAUAAAAUCAAGAUGCUGAAGAUAUGUUAGAAAAUUUAAAGAUAAUUAUAAAAUAAUAUUCAAAAUUCACUAAUGUAAAAAUAUUAUUAAUUAUCAUUAGAUUAAUUCACCUAAUACUGACGAAGAUCAAUAACCAAUAACUGAGCCAAAAAAGUAAUUAACUGCUAAAGAGAUAUUAUUGCAAAUAAGAAAAUAUUUUUCAGCAGAAGAGAAGAAUCGAUUAGAGAAUAUGCCAAAUGAAUAAAGAGAUAUGAAAAUUGUUGAAUUAUAUUAAGAGUAUCAAUAAGAUUAAGACUUAAAUGGAUUUAUUUCUGCUGUCAGAAAAUUAAGUCAAUAGGAUUAAAUCAAAAAAUAAUUUGAAGACUUGUUGAAAAAAUUAUAAAAAGAAGGACAAUUAAAAAUAGAUGAUUACAUGUUAUCUGUUAUUAAUUAGAGAAGAAAUGAAUAGAGAAUUAAAGGAGUUUUUGAAUUGUACCUAUUUAACAAAAAUAUAGAAGAUUUUGUUGAAUCUAUCAAAAGUAUAUCAAAAUUGUUGCAAUAAGGUAUCCUUAAUGAAUUUAUGAUUUAGAACUAAUUCUUUAGGCCUUAAAUUAGUUUGAGAGAGAGAAAUUAUUGGAUGAUAGAAGAAUAGAAAUUUUAAAAGAAAAAGCACAUGAUUAUCACAAGGAUUAUCCAAAAUUAUUGGGUGCUUUUUCAUUAUAUUUUGAAUAAGCAUAAACAGAUUUAGAGGAAGCAAAAAAAGAAAUAUUAGAAACUCUAAGUCUUUUUAGCUCAUGA